CUCGCAGUAGCCAUGGAAACUGACACAUCUUUACUUAGUUCCGAGCUCGACCAACAGCAACAAGAGGAACUGUAUAAACAGCUACUGCUACAGACCAUGGGAAAAAUGCAGAGUGAAACUUCUUCCUCCAGAGUCAUUCGCCCCCACCCUGGCAUAUGUGUGAAAACGUUGUCCUUACCAGACAAACAGAAGGUGUUUCUGAACAUCUGUCAGUCACCGGCUGUCCCGCCCCCUCCUCCCCUAUCCCGUGAGGCACUGGUUGAGCUACUGGAGUCAGAGGACCCCACUGGAUACCGAGUACCCAUGAGUCUCGGCGAGCCUCACACAGAACUGGACAACAGCUCAAAAGGCUGCACAGUAUAUGAUGUGGUCAUCAAUGAUGAAUUCUUUCAGAAGUGUCAGAAAGAUGAUUUAUUCCAGCAGUUUCUACUCGCUGUUUCUCUGGAGGGACUUGAGAACAAAUACAACAUGGAGUUUAGUCGAGAUUGGAAAAUCUUGAAAAACAGAAAGUUUCUUGGCUCUGUCACAGAGCAAAACAUUCGUACCAAGAGCAAGCCGGUCAUUCAGGAGAUAGACUCCGGGGAAACAAAUUCACAGUCCACAGCAGCCAAGAAGCCAGAGUUUGUUUUGUUGGUGGAGCCUGCUCUUGGGGAGGCAGAGCACUUGGUGGCAGAGAUAAAACUGCCCGGUGUGUCGUCCACUCGUUCCCUCGUUCUGGACCUGGGCGAGGACAGGCUGGUUCUGAGCGCCCGUCCCUCCCUCUUCCAUCUGGACCUUUUCUUUCCAUUCCUCAUCGAGCAGGAGAACAGCACUGCAAAGUUCAACACAGACACACAGAUUUUGACUGUGACCAUGCCAGUGGUGUCCUCAUCGUCAUGAGGAAAAUAUAGCGUUAUUUAUCUGAUGCUGUUUUUUCUCACUCUAAUAAACUGAUUGUGGUUUGUA